UCAUACUAGUUCUCUCCUUUCUCUCUCGUUUCUGUUUCACUCUCCUCUUGUCCCAUCUCUCUCUCUCACUUCUUCUCAUCAGAAGGAGAGAUGGGCUGUUUCCGUUGUGCUAAUAAAGAUCCCAACAAAAACGCCAAAAAGAAGGAUCAGAUCGCUCUAUCUCAAGCAGAAAAGCUGAAGCCAGCCCCAGCAUCGGAUUUAAAGAAGCAGAAUUCAAUAGAUCCUAAGAAAGAGAUCACAAAGGAAAAUUUAAAUAGACGGUCUACACACAUUUCUGCCCAGACUUUUACUUUUCGUGAAUUGGCUACAGCAACUCAAAAUUUCAGAGCCAAUUGCCUCGUGGGAGAGGGAGGAUUUGGCCGAGUUUAUAAGGGCAAAUUGGAGAGUGUCAACCAGAUAGUGGCUAUUAAGCAGCUUGAUCGUAAUGGGUUGCAAGGAAACCGGGAAUUCCUGGUUGAAGUUUUGAUGUUGAGUCUACUUCACCAUCCUAACCUUGUUAACCUAAUUGGUUAUUGUGCCGAUGGAGAUCAAAGGCUCUUGGUUUAUGAAUACAUGCCAUUAGGAUCAUUGGAAGAUCAUCUCCAUGAUCUUGCUGCAGAUAGGAGACGACUUGACUGGAACACAAGAAUGAAAAUAGCUGCUGGUGCAGCUAAAGGAUUAGAAUAUUUGCACGACAAAGCGAACCCACCAGUUAUAUAUCGUGAUUUGAAAUGCUCCAACAUUUUGCUUGGAGAGGGGUUUCAUCCAAAGUUGUCUGACUUCGGAUUGGCAAAGCUCGGUCCUGUUGGUGAUAACACUCAUGUUUCCACUCGAGUGAUGGGUACUUAUGGAUAUUGUGCACCUGAAUAUGCUAUGACCGGGCAAUUGACACUAAAAUCAGAUGUCUAUAGUUUUGGGGUUGUUCUUUUGGAGAUUAUUACUGGAAGAAAGGCCAUUGAUAAUUCAAGAUCUGGCGGAGAGCAAAAUUUAGUUGCAUGGGCUCGCCCUCUUUUCAAAGACAGAAGAAAGUUCCCUCAAAUGGCCGAUCCAGCCCUUGAAGGUCGAUACCCUUCAAGAGGCUUAUACCAAGCGCUUGCCGUUGCUGCAAUGUGCGUUCACGAGCAGCCCUCAUUGCGUCCUCUUAUAGCUGAUGUGGUCACAGCCCUCACUUACCUCGCCUCUCAAAACUACAAUCCUGAUAACUCUUGAUGAAGGGAAAAAAAAAGGUUAGUCUUAGGAAAGUUUGCCAUUUUUGGUUCUUGUACAUGUGGUUUUGGGUCCUAUAUUUAUCGCAUUUUUUUUUCUAUUGCUAUGGUUUUUGGGGAAAGAAAUGAAAUGAAUGUGGUGUGUAGAAGUGUAUGAUGUCUUUAUGGUGGACUUAAUGGUUGUUUCACAAAUUUUUAGUAUUGGGUAUCAAAUUAGAUUCCUGCCAAAAUUUCAUUUUCAGACA